AAAUUUGUAAUUUGGAAAAGUUUAGCUAAGUACAGUUUGGAUACCAUUUCGCAAUUCUUUCUCAGUCACGUAUUCUGGCUUGGGUAGAUCGUUGCCAUGGCAAUGUUGGUUCUUCAACAAACAGCAGAACUCCAAUUAAAUUCCAGCUCAGAGAAAUAGCCGAGUAACAACAGUGUCUAUACAGCAUGUUUUCGCAAAAUAUGAUUAUUCGCGAUGGUGAAUAUACGAAAACAAUUUAUACCAUGAUCAAGGAGGAACGAUUCCAGGAUGCAAUCAACACGCUCAACACUAUUCCGGAAUCGUCCACGACGCGUGCCGGCCUUUCGCUGCUCGGCCACUGCUACUACCAAACGCAGGACUUUAUCGAGGCGGCCAACUGCUACGAACAUCUGCUCAAUCUCGUGCCGGAUGUGCAGGAGUACCGCCUGUACUACGCGCAGUCCCUCUUCCAGGCGGGCCUGUUCGAGGAGGCGCAGAAAAUCAUCGCCACCGGGCUGGACUCGCCCGAGCUGAAGGACAAGGUGCUCCAGCUGCAGUCGGCCAUCGCUUACGGGAAUGAGGAUUACACUGCGGCACAGUCGCUGCUGCUGCAGCGCCAGGACGGUAAUGGGCAGGAGGCGAGCACCAAAAACGACGAGGGCUGUCUGCUGUACCAGGCGAACAUGUACGAGGACGCGCUGCAGCGCUACGUGUCGGCGCUGCAGGCCGGUGGGUUUAACCCGCACGUCGCCUACAAUGCGGCCCUGUGUCACUAUCGGCGCAAGGAAAACUCGCAGGCGCUCAACUACAUCGCCGAGAUUGUGGAACGUGGCAUACGCAACCAUCCGGAGCUGGGCGUCGGUGCACAGGCGGAAACGGAAGGCGGUGCGCGUAGCGUGGGCAAUCCUCCCGCGCUGGCUGCUUCUGGGCUUGCGCAAGCCUUCAAUCUUAAGGCGGCCAUCGAAUACCAGGAAGGCAAUGCGGACGGUGCGCGGGAAGCUUUGACCGAUCUACCGCCACGCUCGGAACCGGAGCUCGAUCCGGUCACGCUGCACAACAUGGCGCUGACCGAUCCGACCGGUGGCGGGGCCGGUUUGCGUCGGUUGGCCUUUCUGCUCGAGCUCGGCCCGCCGGCCUGCCCGCCGGAAACGUUCGCCAAUCUGCUGCUGCUCUGCUGCAAGCACGAAAUGUACGACACGGCCGCGGACAUCCUGGCCGAGCAUACGCACCUGACGUACAAGUACCUGUCGCCGUACCUGUACGAUCUGCUGGACGCACUGAUUACCGCCCAGUCGACGCCGGAAGAGGCGGAACAGAAGCUCGGCACGCUGGCGAGCAGCAUCGGGGGCAGGCUGCGGGCGCUGGCGGCCAAGGUGCAGGAGUGCCGGUCGGCCACGGAUCAGAACGCGCUGCGCAUGGCGCUGCGCGAGUAUGAGGGAGCGCUCGAGAGCUACCUGCCGGUGGCGAUGGCCCGCGCCUGGAUACCGUGGCGCAUGGACGAUUUCCAGGGCGCCGAGCGGGAGUUUCGGGCCAGCGCCGAGUUCUGCUCGGAGACGCCCUCCUGGCGGCUACACGCCGCCCACGUGCUUUUUAUGCGCGGCGAUCGGUACAAGGAGGCGGCCGCCUUCUACGAACCGAUCGUGCGCCAAAACUACGACGACAUACUGUCGAUCCCGGCCUCGGUGCUGGCGAACCUGUGCGUCGCCUACAUCAUGACCUCGCAGAACGAGGAAGCGGAAGAGCUGAUGCGCAAGGUGGAACGGGCGGAGGAGCGCAAGGGCAACGCGACGGGGCAGUGUUUGCAUCUGUGCAUCGUCAACCUUGUGAUCGGGACGCUGUACUGCGCAAAGAACAAUUACGAGUUUGGCCUGUCGCGGAUUGCGCACGCACUGGACGGGGGCUCGGGAGCGCGGCUGUGCGCCGACACGUGGAUCCACGUGAAGCGGUGCGUGCUUGGGCUGCUCACCGGCAUGGCGAAGCAGACGAUCGUGCUGCCGUCGAUCGCGCUGCAGGAAACGCUGAAUUUCCUGCGCGCUUGCGAAGCGUACGGCCUUACCAUUCCGUCUGUGUUGACCGGACCGCUGGAGGAUUCGGGCGAGCAGCCACCAACGAUCGGGCUGGAGGCCCGGAAGCUGCGUGCGCUGUUGCUACGGUUGAUGGAGUACAAGUAGGGGAGAUCUUAACCGUAAUGCUGAACUAGAAAGUGCUCUACCGUGCCCUAAUAUGGUAAGUACAAGGUAAGGAGUUCAUUUUGGAAUUUAGAACUUCGUUUUAAACCUGUUUUAUUGUAUUAACCAAAAAACUAAUUGUAACAAUAUUCAUAUCAUCCACCCGAAAUAUGACAAAACAUACAAAAUGUUGAUCUUACUCAAUAAACGAAGCGAGAGACGCUUUUAACAAACAUA